CGUUCGGGUUUAGAUGAGAACGUGUGCUUCUGCUGGAUGGUAAAGAUGCAAACCAACAAUGUUGUCAGAGUGAAGUUCAAAGACAGCAAGAAAUAUAUUUUUUCUUCAAAACCUUUUACAUUUCAAUCGUUUUUGGAAUGUGUUGCCAAGAAAUUUGAUCUUCCUACAAUGGAUGUUAAAGUCUUUGAUGACUCGAAGACAGAAGUUGAUGAGGAAGCAUUCGAAUAUCUGCUGACGCGACCAGAUCUUGGUGUCCUAGAAAUUUUCAUACCAGGCACAAACUUUGAUGAUACUUUAAGCUCAAGCUCAUUAGGAGAUACUGAGGGCACGUUAGAGUCUGAUGACACAGUAGUGUUGAUUAGAAGUCCUCCUGAAAAAAAUCAAGCUGAGGAAUGUCGUCUUGCCCAAAUGAUCGAAGAUAUACUAAAGAGCAGCCCUGGAGGUGAUAAGGUCAUAAACGAAUACGCUCGCACCAACGGUCUGUCAGAUGCCCAAAGACGUGACAUGGUGAAAAUCUUGGUAGCACAUUUGACAAAUGAACAUGGAACAAGCCCUUCACGACGUUUGAAGGAAGAAUAUGCAAUGGGAAUCAUCUCCCGAUUCCCAUACUUGGCUGACCCCAGGAGCAAGCUUGGAUAUGAGCAUUAUUACAAUGGAGAAGAUGGAAGUGAAUAUUUGGCAUGGAGAAUCAAAACUCUGCAGAAAGAAGCAUCAGAGGGACGGAUGAAGCGCCCACGGCAACCACAAACAGGUGCAAGAUUUGAUGUUAAGUCAAUGCUUUUAUUAGCUUGGCUAAUAUUUAUUAGGUUUGAUUAACUUUUUCUUAUUUUCAAAUGAAUAUACAACUUGCUUUUUUAACUCAUCUUAACAUUUGUCUCUUUUAAC